AUGGUUGUAACCGAGUCGCUGCAGCCCAUCCUCCAACGGCAGAAAAACCCGACCGUAUUCAAUGUCUCUUUGCUGACGUUAAUCAAUAACAAGCGGGCAUUUACGAAAGGGAGGGCUUGCUUAAUUGACUUGCUAGCGCUCUCCAACAAACGUCAGAUUUCCCCGCGCCUCAGCCACGGCUUCAUCACCCGGAUGCUCCAGGAAUACAUAAAUCCUGCACCAUGCUGCUUGGAAAAUGUGAAUAACUUGAUCGCCAUUCUCUGCGCUCGUUUCAUGCCUGAGGUACCGGCCUUUGCCAAAUACCAUCCUGGAUCUGAUUAA